CACAUCGUGGACGAUGUACAGCUCUAGAGGUGUGAUCUGAUACCGGACAUUCUGUAUGGUGGGUACACUUAUCCCGUCUCGGCCUUGACUUAGCACCCCCAAGCGUUCACUGAGCGAAAUUUGACCCGAUUCAUAACCAGAACAACAAAAACAACAACAACAGACUGGCUAAAUUUCAGUAUUGUUAUAGAAAGCUUCACAUUUCAGUCUUACGGACGCCGAGCGCGUUAGAGAUCCAUGGCGGGCCUCUCAUACCGAGGCAUCUGUUGUGGAGGAUCCAUGGCCUGGUGGGUCGCCAAUCACUUCGCCCGUAGGGCCUAUGGAUCCGUCCCUGCGGCGUGUCAUCGAGAACUGAUAAGACCAUGCUGGCCGGCUAGAAGACAUUUUAUAGGCAGGAAUCGCUCCCGCAGUGCUCUCUGGGCACGAAGCUGUACGUAUCAGCAUAGACCGGAGCUGUUCCAAAGUGUGUCACCGGAAAACAUCGUAUUGGACGCCAAAAACAGCCCCAGUGUCCAGGAGGCUCCCAGACCCCCUCACUUUGAAGAUGUGCUGUUCAACCUUUUAUGUGACAAGACCCAAAGAUUGUCUGUCAACAGAUUUAAAGCAGCUCUCAAGGCAACGGGCCUACGGGAAGAAGACCCACGGCUGAAGGAGACCAUUGGUAACUUCUCACAUCUCCAGGCUAAAGUCGCUGACUUUGAUGGAUUGGAUGGCAUCAACAUCGACAAGGAAACAUUUAGAGAAUGUGUCACAGAUAACAUUGUGCUGUUGGCCAAAGCUUUCCAGAAUCGUCUGAUAAUUCCAGAAUUUACAGCUUUUUCCAAGAGGAUAGAAAAUCUCUACUGGAGAGCCAAGACCAAUAACAAUGGAAUGGUGGCUUCCUACAUUCCCCAGCUGGCUCGCUUCAGCCCGGACCUUUGGGGAGUUUCUGUUUGCACAGUGGAUGGCCAGAGAUUCUCUGUAGGAGAUGUGAACAUCCCAUUCUGCCUGCAGUCCAUGAGCAAACCUUUGACCUAUGCCCUAGUGUUGGAUGACCUUGGUUCAGAGGUUGUCCAUGAUUAUGUGGGUCACGAGCCGAGUGGAACGGCCUUCAACGAAAUUUCCCUGAACUUCGCAAAGAAGCCUCACAAUCCAAUGAUCAACUCUGGGGCCAUUGUGGUGUGCAGUCUGAUGGGGCAGGGCAUGAGCAUUGCGGACAGGUUUGAUAGUACAGCCAGCAAACUCAAGAGGUUCACAGGCGGGGAGUAUGUAGGCUUCAGCAAUGCCACGUUCCUGUCUGAGAGGGAGUCUGCCGACAGAAAUUAUGCCCUAGGGUACUAUUUAAGAGAGAACCAGUGCUUUCCUCACGGAACCAACCUGAUGGAGACGAUGGACUUUUACUUUCAGUUAUGCUCUGUGGAAGUGACAUGUGACUCAGCCAGUCUUAUGGCAGGGACAUUGGCGAAUGGCGGGAUCUGUCCAAUCACGGGAGAGCGUGUGGUCAUUUCUGAGUCUGUCAGAAACACUCUGUCUCUCAUGCACUCCUGUGGCAUGUACGACUACUCAGGACAAUUUGCUUUUACGGUGGGUUUACCUGCCAAGUCAGGCGUGUCGGGGGGCAUUCUCCUUGUCGUGCCCAAUGUGAUGGGAGUGUGUCUGUGGUCACCUCCAUUAGACAGCUGGGGGAACAGCUGCAGGGGCAGGCAACUCUGUGAGGAUCUUGUUUCCAUUUUCAACUUCCACAACUAUGACAACUUAAAACACACAGCCAAAAAACUGGAUCCUCGUAAAAGAAGAGAUGACUCUAAAGCGCAGGAUAUUGUCAACUUGCUGUUUGGAGCGUACAAUGGGGAUGUUACUGCCCUCACAAGAUAUGCCUUACAAGGCAUGGAUAUGAGUCAGGCAGACUAUGACGGCAGAACUGCGCUACACCUGUCUGCUGCUGAGGGACAUCUCCCUGUUGUCAAUUUCCUCAUCAACAGGUGUAAAGUUUCGCCCUUCGUUAAGGACAGGUGGGGUUUCACACCCAUUGACGAUGCCAAGAGGUUUGAUCACGAAGAGGUUGUGCAAACAUUGCAAGAUUACAUCAGCAGCUUUGAGGAUUUCCAGCCAGACUCUGGGGAUUCCCCACUUUCUUUAGGGGAUUUCCCAAAAGAUUCCUCAGGGGAUUCCCCUCAUGAUUCCGCCAGCGAUGGGCUGUCUGUGGAAGAAGGGAAGCAAGAAGGGCAUUCUGAACAGGAUGCUCAGGAUAAAUGAAGGGAACAAGUGAAUGUAGAAGGGAAUGAGUAGAGUGUGGGGAAUCGUUAACAUAUUGUUAUUUAAAUUAAUGAACCCAGGUUAAGUGGGUCUGGGUAUACAAGAAAGAGCAGGUAUACAUGUAAAUAUAGGAAUGUUAGGGAAUAAUAAUAGAAAUUAUGCACAUGUAAGUAUAGUAAUGUCCUGGUACCUGACGGAAUGAAAGGAACUAAUUAUGUGUGUAAAUCCAUGAAUGUUAGCUGUGUGAAGGGAAUAAAGGAAACAGUGAAUGUAUAUAAGCGUAGGAAUGUCUGGAGAGGUGACGGGAAUAAAGGAAACAGUGAAUGUAUAUAAGCAUAGGAAUGCCUGGAGACGUGACGGGAAUAAAGGAAACAGUGAAUGUAUAUAAGCGUAGGAAUGUCUGGAGACGUGACGGGAAUAAAGGAAACAGUGAAUGUAUAUAAGCGUAGGAAUGCCUGGAGACGUGACGGGAAUAAAGGAAACAGUGAAUGUAUAUAAGCAUAGGAAUGCCUGGAGACGUGACGGGAAUAAAGGAAACAGUGAAUGUAUAUAAGCGUAGGAAUGCCUGGAGACGUGACGGGAAUAAAGGAAACAGUGAAUGUAUAUAAGCAUAGGAAUGCCUGGAGACGUGACGGGAAUAAAGGAAACAGUGAAUGUAUAUAAGCGUAGGAAUGCCUGGAGACGUGACGGGAAUAAAGGAAACAGUGAAUGUAUAUAAGCGUAGGAAUGUCUGGAGACGUGACGGGAAUAAAGGCAACAAAUUGCGUGUGUAAAUACAAGAAUGUCCGGAUGUGUGAAGGGAACUAUGUAUGUGUAUGGUCCCUUUACAGCGGUGUGCCGGAGUUAGCCGUCUAGAAAACCCUUAGGUUCUGAUGUGUAGAAGACACAACCGCUGGGCAUCAUGUUUGGUAGUCGGUGUUGUUUAUAAUCGAAGAAUCAAAAUAAACAUGUAGGUAGGUAAGGUUAAAAGUCGACAACAUGCAAGAAUAGAACACAUAGGAAAUAUAUGGUGUGCUGAAAAGUUAACUCGUUUCAAGUUCAACCAAGAUCAUUAACUGUUUGAAUUCCAGCUGGCUAGAGCGAGCGAAUGUAAACAAACAUUCGUGUCUUUCCAAAUUUAUUUUGGCCAUAACAGAGAAAAAAAUAUCCUGACGCUAUAAGGUGGCAGAGGUUAGUGUACUGCUUAAGCAAUUCUUCAUCAUUGACGCGACAUCUGUAAAGGCAGGAAAAAGUAGUUUCAUAAUUAACGACUAAUUGCUGCGUGAAGCAAGCACAAUAGCACUCUGAACAUUGCUAGUUCGCUGACCAAUAAUGUAGCGAGAGUCAAAUAAAACAAGUGUCGGCAGUUGUAAAGACUAGGGUAACCCUAUUGUUUGUCAGUGAACUCCUGCUGCUUUUUCUUUGAAUUGACGUCACUUUACCACGUGACACCACCCUCAAGUUUAAAGUCCGCCAAAUGUCUUACAUUUCGGGGCGCCACAGGUCCAACAAAACAAUCAAACGGGGAGAAUCAACGCUGACCAUCAGACACGUGGUUUGUCGUCCGUUUUCUUAUACGUGACACAAAAUUCCUAACCUGAGCCCAGACUAAAUUGCAGUAAACCUUAUAUGAAAACAGAACGCGGACAGUAUAAACGGAAGUCCUUCAAAUCAUAGUGUUACUUUAAAGAGACACUGUUCGGAUGGGGAAGAGAACAAUGUAGGAUUGUCUAGAUAUGUAAAUAGAUUACAACUAUAUACGUAAAUAAACGAACUUCAGGAUAGGUGAAGCAAAUAAAGGGAACUGGAAUAUAUUACCAUGUAAUCUUAAACUGUUAAGAGGUGAAAGAAUUUGCAAAUGAUAUUGUGCAGCCCAUUAGGGAAUGUCUGGUUUAGGUGUAGAAAAUACGCAUGUGUUAGAAAUUUUCGGGGAAUGCAACAGAAUACAAGGGAAUCCUGUCAUUUUGGGGAAAAGCAGCUCUUUUGGUUUGAUUGUGGUUGGGAAGACAAAAGGUCAUUAGUGCAGUUUAUCGAUGGAGUGUAGCCUAACCGUCUUAGAGGGGAACAAACAUGGCAAAUAUUUACACAUACAUGUAGGCAAAGCCUUAUUAGAAAGGGAACAAACGCUACCGGUAUUCACGCAAUGAUCAUCUUUACUCGUAUUUACCCGUAAACGUAAUUGCCAUCUUAUAGAAGGGAUCAACCGUUACAUAUAUUUAAAACACCGGUAAAGCUAUCUUAGAAGGGAACCAACGUUACAGAUAUUUAGGCACGGGAACAGGGCCCAGUUUCACAAAGAUGUCGGACAUGUACGAUAAUCGCACAUAUAGGACAAUGGUACGGUAAUAGUGACGUACAAAAUAUCGGACGACAAUUGUACCAUAGAAAUGUCGUACGCCAAAUUGUGAAACUGGGCCCAAUGAGAGCCAACGUUGUCCGAGAAGGGACAAACAUUACUGCGUUUUCCCCACAAUCAAAGUGUUCUUCAGUGGGGAAAUCUUAACCCCUUAAUAUACCAGUAUGAUUACAAUUAAAUGUGAAUUUAUAGAGUAACAGCUGUAUGAAACGACAAGGCAUAUUGUGUGUUUGUGUUUAUUACACUCGUACGGACGCAUGAUGUGUUUGUGUUUAUUACACACUUGGCGACGCAUGAUGUACAGGUAAUAUGAACCUAUUUGUAUUUGCUAGAGUAUGCACGUGACUGGACUAACACACGUGUUACAACUGAACACGAAAGUGGAUUAAAAUGAAGCGCAUUGUAAUAAAAGUUGCAAAAUGUAAUACUUUUUUCCUUCAACCUUGUAAAUUUGGUGAAAUAUGCCCAAAAAGUUUAACAUUUAUUUUCGCAGCCACGAGGUGGUUUACAGUAAGCAUGAUGGUAUUAAAAGUUAAGUUUUGAAAAAAAUUUUAUUACAUUUUUUUUGUAUUUUAUAGAAGUGGUUGUUACACUGCAUUAUUGUUGACAUUAUAGUCAUUUUUUAUCUUGAGCCACCAGAUAAGCCACAUUAUCAUUAUGUGAUUAUUAUACACCACUAUUAAAUUCUGUGAUUCACUGAACUGUUUUGUGCGCAUGAACAGUGUACCUGGGUUGUUCUGGAUCCCCCUUAGGGAGAGAGAGAUGCAUCUUAUUCAAGGGAGAUAAUUAUCAUGAGCAAAACGUUAGACAAACUGACUGUAGACGUUUGAAUAUUGUGGAGUAAUUAUGUACACCGUGAUCAUUUUGAACCGUAUUAAUCGGCUUCCUGGACAGGUGCUGUUUGAUAAGUGACGUAAUGUUGUGCUAACGGUGUUUAUUGACAAAAACUUGUAGGUUGUAUUUUAGUACAUGCUUAUGGCGGCAGCACCCUGUGGAUGGUCGUGGAUUUCCCCUGGCCUGUGUCUAGCUUCCUACCACCAUUAUGCCGUCGUAUAAGUGAAAUAUUCGUGAGAACGGCGCAAAACACCAAUGAAAUAAAUAAAUAAAUGCUUUUGGUCGAACACCACGUUGCCAAAAUAUAUUUAAUGGGGAUCUUUACUUUCUACAAUCAGUUAUGUGCGGUUGUGUACACGAGGUUGUGUAAUUCGCGAAAUAUAUAGCAAUAUUGUGUAAAACUGUCGCGCAACUUGGUACACAAAGACUUUGAAUGCAAGGCUUACAUGCGUGUGCAAAUUUGUUACAAUUAAUGUUUGUCUCUAGUACACGUUCUGUGUAUGUUUUGUUCACAACAGCUUUAAAAGAGUAUAGCAGGGUCAAAACUGCUGUGAAAACCAUGACAUGUAGUGUAUGUGGUGCAGUAGGUAUGAUAUUGCCCUACUCGUCAGUAUAUAGCAUAGCCACUCCUCAGUAGGCCGUUUCCACACUUUUGUCUUUUUUGCAACAAGUCAGAAUUCAAAACCUGGUUAUACAUGUUUACUUCUUUGUAGAAAAACUUGAAAUUGAUACACACUUCGUCUUAACAAAACUAUGAAUAACACUAAGAAUCGGCCCGUAAAACUGCCGACUUUCAUUACCUGACCUUCAUGUUCAACUUUACGUCGUUUGUUUGUUGUCACCAAUAACACAUGUACGUCAUUGCUUCAUGGGCCCUCGUGACUCGUGUUAUUGGCAAACUGUAGCAAAGGCCUCUUGCGGAAAUAAAAACGAAAAAUAGAUAUAUUCAUUGGUCUACUGUAAGGUUUGUUUCUACUGACCAGCUUUCGAAGGUUUUAUUCUGUUCAUUUCAAAGAUGUAAAUUAUUAUUGGCGGUUGACCUUGAUACAUUAAGUAUACAAGAAGUUCUGUUGUAUAGACACUGGAUUCAGGGAAAAAAACAUUAUUAGCAUUAUAUUUUUGUUACAGAGUUUUGUGGAGUGUUGAAUUUGUCUUGACAGGGAAUUUGUCGCGAGACUUCACGCAAUCCUUAUUUUAACAAGUAACCUGAUACACUAUAUGUAACUUACAGGAAGCCCUUUGGCUGCCAUUUGAAAACUUACGCUGAGAUUUAAUUCACAGAUGUUUAUUGAAAUUAUGUUUUUAGUAUUCAGACCCCAGUUUAACGUUUUUUUUAGAAGUGGGUUGACUUUUAGUAUAACAAUGAAUUUAUAUACACGUAUACAGUCACGUGCCGGUCUGCGUGCCAAAACGGACCAGUAUAUUUUAACUCAUGCAGUCUUUGUUUUAAGGAACUUUUGUUACACAUCUGAAAGAAUAUAUUAUCAUGAUUUUCUGUGUAGAGAAA